UCGAGGCUGUAAGUUCUACCUUAACCAGAUGGUGAUCUGUCCAUGACAAUGGGGAAAUGACAGGAGUCCCCACCCAUGGAACAGCACCCUGAUCAGAGCAAAAGACCAAAUUGAGCAUGUGACCAACAUCAGGUGUUUGUCCAGAGACCAUUUGGGAUAGGCCCACAGUCGUCAUGGCUGCUAUGAACUCUUGAGCCGCUCCGGACAACCCAGUCCCAGAAUGAACAUUAAAGUGACCCAGGUUGUGCCAACUAGGCAACCAGGUCCGUCAGCUCAAUUAGGGACUCCGCUGGGCGGCGGGGUGAUCAGUACACCAGCAGAAGUCCUAGUUUAUCCGUGAUCUCUAGACUUGGGUACAUGCAUUCAAUAUAGGCCAAAUUAUGAUUAGCUGAUAACUCUCUUUAUCACAUAAGGUAGAGGUAUAUGUGUAGUGGUGUGUGUGUGUCUGUUUUAAAGGUUACAGGGUAUAAUAGGCUAUAGCCCUGCUAACUGGGCAAAAGAGACAUCUUUUAAAGGGGUAAAUGUCUCAUAUUUAACAGGGGAAGAACUAUCCUUCAGCCCUCGAGUGGCUGUCACAUGUAUCUACCUUGUGUUUCUUUUAGGUUGUGAGCCUCGCAUCUUAUUCUUUUUUCUGUGCAAACUGCUUAGAACUUUUGUUGUUGAAAAGCAGUAAAUAAAUAUCUAUAUUAUUAUUUCUCCAAGACGGGCCAUGCGUGGUGACGUGGUAGGAAGGAGGCGAUUGGCUGUUCUCCAAGAAGGGCCAUGCGUGGCGACAUGGUGGGAAGGAGGCGAUUGGCUGAGUUUGCAAGCAGAAGCACCUGAUUGGGCAGUGGGGAUUCCAUAUGCAGAUAAGGAGGAGGGGCCUGUGAUGGUUAAGCCCCUAUGUGCUAUGGAAUCCUUUUUCAAAAGGCACUUCUGGAAGAAGACUGUGUCAUUGGGGCCCCGGCGUAGCAGUGUGGUGGCCCUGCCUGCUAGCAAAGCAAGGCGGCGCUCUGUGGUGGGCCAACCCUCUGCUGCACUAACACAACGCCGGCGCAGAUCCAGUGCCCAGCUGCAAGGGCUUUCCUGCUUAGGCUCCCGGCGCAGGCAUAGGCUGAGUUACCGGAGGCGAUCCAGCACCACUACACCUCGCCUGAGCCCUAGGUUUUCUGUCCAGAAGAAGCGUGGAGGCCACGUGCACACCAUAGAUACGCACCUUGUAGGCCCAUCCCUAUUGCUGGCCAGCCUCAUCCAGGUGUGUGAGGAAGAGGAAAGGAGGCUAUCGCUUUGUGCUGAAAGCUCCAACUCGGAGUCCACCAAAGAGAGGCUAGAAGAGAGUGACUGGAGUGAGGAGACGGUCUCCUCAGACUCUGAAGAAGCUAGCCUGACUGCAGAGCAAGAGAGCAAGGAGCUGCAAACGGAACUUUCCCUGUACACUGGUCCACCUGUGCAGGAAUCUGCAGGCCUGAGGCCUUUCCUGCGAGGCCCUCUCUGCCUGCGUCGCAGGUCCUCCCACCUCUUACCUGCAGAGUUUGUGCACAGCAGAGCAGCCUAUGGGCUUCAAGGCUGCUACAGAUGUUUCAGCCAACAGCGGCGCUCAAGCGAAACCCUCAACCCAGUUGCUUUGCUCCAGCCAUGCAGAACACGGAAGGCUGCCAGGAGGUGGAAGGUGCCUACUGGAACCAGUUGGCUGCCAGUGACUACACAUACAGGCCUGGGAAUCGAUCCUGUCCACAGUGGCUGUGGCAGCACCUCCACUGAAGGCUGCAGUGCCCUAUUGCCAAAAGCUAUUGCCAAGUCUGGUCUCCAGCACAUGAUAACCCAGCCAGUCCCCACACUAGCCCUAAGAAGUGACUCGGAGAGGGAAAUUCGCAGUACUGUCGAUUGGAGUGAGACUGCAGUUUACGGGGAGCAUAUAUGGUUUGAAACCAAUGUCUCUGGGGACUUCUGCUACGUUGGAGAGCAAAACUGUGUAGCAAAAAUGCUGCAAAAACCUCUGUCUAAGCGCAAGUGUGCAGCAUGCAAGAUUGUGGUCCACACACCCUGCAUAGAACAGCUAGAGAAAAUAAAUUUCCGCUGCAAGCCUUCCUUCAGGGAAUAUGGAUCAAGGAAUGUACGGGAGCCUACGAUUGUGCGGCAUCAUUGGGUACACCGGAGACGCCAGGAAGGGAAAUGCCGACAAUGUGGAAAGGGUUUUCAGCAGAAAUUUGCCUUUCACAGCAAGGAGAUUGUAGCCAUCAGCUGUUCCUGGUGUAAGCAAGCAUAUCAUAGUAAAGUUUCGUGCUUCAUGCUGCAGCACAUUGAGGAGCCCUGCUCUCUGGGAGCACAUGCUGCUGUUGUCAUCCCACCCACUUGGAUUCUGCGGGUCCGGCAUCCUCAAAACCCACUAAAGUCAAGUAAGAAGAAAAAGAGGACGUCUUUCAAGCGGAAAUCCAGCAAGAAGGGGCCUGAGGAGGGGCGAUGGAAACCCUUUGUCAUCAAGCCCAUCCCAGCACCACUUAUGAAGCCACUGCUGGUGUUUGUGAACCCCAAGAGUGGUGGGAAUCAGGGAACAAAGAUCAUCCAGUCAUUUAUGUGGUACCUAAACCCUCGGCAAGUUUUUGAUCUCAGCCAAGGAGGCCCCAAAGAGGGGUUAGAGAUGUACCGUAAAGUGCACAACCUGCGGAUUCUGGCAUGUGGAGGAGAUGGUACGGUGGGAUGGAUCCUCUCUAUCCUGGACCAUUUACGCCUGAAUCCUCCACCUCCUGUUGCCAUCCUUCCUUUGGGAACAGGAAAUGACCUGGCAAGAACACUGAACUGGGGUGGGGGUUACACAGAUGAGCCCCUUUCAAAGAUCCUGUCACACGUUGAAGAGGGGGAGAUUGUGCAGCUUGACCGCUGGAAUCUACAAGUGGAGCCAAACCUUGAGGCAAACCUUGAAGAGAAAGAUGAGACUUCUACAGACAAGCUCCCUCUUGAUGUCUUCAACAAUUAUUUCAGCCUUGGCUUCGAUGCUCGGGUGACACUGGAAUUCCAUGAGUCCCGAGAGGCCAAUCCAGAGAAAUUUAACAGCCGGUUUCGGAAUAAAAUGUUCUAUGCUGGGACGGCUUUCUCUGAUUUCCUCAUGGGGAGCUCCAAAGACUUAGCGAAACACAUCAGAGUGGUGUGCGAUGGGACAGACUUGACCCCUAAGAUCCAGGAUCUGAAACCUCAAUGCCUCGUCUUCCUGAACAUUCCAAGGUACUGUGCGGGCACCAUGCCUUGGGGCAACCCUGGGGAACACCAUGACUUUGAGCCCCAGCGCCAUGAUGAUGGCUGCCUUGAGGUCAUUGGCUUUACCAUGACAUCUCUGGCAGCACUACAGGUGGGUGGCCAUGGAGAGCGGUUGCACCAAUGCCGGGAGGUGCUGCUCACCACAUCCAAGGCCAUUCCCAUGCAAGUGGAUGGAGAACCCUGUAAGCUGGGGGCCUCCUGUAUCCGCAUUUGCUUGCGCAAUCAGGCCAACAUGGUGCAGAAGACCAAGAGGCGCAACUCCAUGCCACUCCUCAAUGACAGCCAGCAGCCAAUUCCGGAACGGCUGCGGAUCCGCGUGAGCCGUAUUGGCAUGCAUGACUAUGAGGCCCUCCACUACGACAAGGAGAAGCUCAAGGAGGCCUCUGUGCCUCUGGGAAUUAUUGUUGUGCCAGGAGAUAGUGAUCUGGAGAUGUGCCGGACCCACAUUGAGAGGCUGCAGGAGGAUUUCUCUCCGUGCCCUUCUACUAUACAGAGCCUGUUCCCACAGGAAGGGGAUGGAGCCAAACCAAAGACAUUGUCGUGCCAGAAGCUAUCCCCCAAGUGGUGUUUUCUGGACUCAACUACUGCAGAUCGCUUUUAUAGAAUAGACCGUGCCCAGGAACAUCUCAACUAUGUGACGGAGAUCUCCCAAGAUGAGCUCUUUGUGUUGGACCCAGAGCUGGUGCUCACCCAGACAGUGGGCACAUCUCCUGCCAUGCCUGACCUUGUUGAUGUGCCCACAACACCCACAAGGCAACACCUUGAUCUACCAGCUUCACCACCAUCUACACCAGUCUCCAGCUCGGAAGCAGGGAGCUGCCAUCCCAUCAAAGCUCCUGCUGAGAUUCUAGAUGUGGCAGAAGAAGAGAAUGGCGAGACAAGUUUGCACCAGGCUGCAGCUCUUCGCCAGCGCACCAUCUGCCAUUACAUCGUGGAGGCUGGGGCUUCACUAAUGAAAACUGAUCUGCAGGGGGACACGCCCAAGCAUAGAGCUGAGAAGGCAAAUGACCCCGAUCUGGCUGCCUACCUCGAGAAUCGACAGCACUACCAGAUGAUCCAGCGAGAGGAUCAGGAGACAGCUGUAUAGCACUCAGUGUGCCUUAUACUUACCUACUGUAGGUGAGCAGGAGCAGAGUGGCACAGGAGUUGGCCAGCCUUUCUUUGAAUACCCAACACAGAGAAUGAGCAAGAGCUUUGUUUUGGGCAUGGCCACAGCACUGUUAUUUAUUAGUGUAGUGGAUGUUGAGCAGAACUGGCUCCACGUCCCCCACCACAUUCCAUGGAUGGACUCUGCUGUCACGGUCCCUGCCCACCUUCCAGAUCCUGGAGAGAGCCAUUACUGCUCCCUCAAAGCAUUGGGAAGGAAGCUCUUGUUCUCUGCCAACCAUUGCUGCUCCUGGUGUGUGCUAUCUCCAAGGGGCAGACUCUGUUGCCUUUUCAGGUCUCCUGCCGCUCAGUCCUCCCAAUCCGUGAUUACCAGCCAUGGAUGCUGCUUUUCUCAAUAAUUUCACCAUUAGUAGUGUUCAUUGUCCUGGUAUAUCCUGUUACUGGAAAUGGGCGGUGCAGUUCUUGAGACACAGCAGAACAUAGGGGUGGGGAUGCUGCUGGUGUGCUGCCUCGGUUAUCCACACAUUGCAACGUUCAGUUGUUUACGUGGACCUUGGCUGACGGCCGUGUGGGCAGGCAGCCCGAGUACUCAACACAAGCCAUAGAGCUGUUGUGCACCCUCCCCAGCACAGCAUAUCUUCCCCAGCAUACCUUCUCUUGGUUAAUUUCUCUUGCCCUGUGGGACCUUCAUGGUGAGGGGUGUUUAUUUAACAGGACAAAAGCACCUGGCAUGGUCCAGGAAGUACCAUGCCACACAGACCCUUUCCUCCAGGUCAAAGCAGGCUGCUCCAAGCUGACUUCUGAGCCUGCUGUACUAGAAGUUUUGAGCAAAGUGCCUCCUCCCUGUCUUUCCUUUUUCCUCCAGCUUUUCUCCUCCAUUCUUACAUACACCAUUUUCCUCUCCUUUUCACACUCACUGAUUUGAAGUACAAUCUGUUGUGAAUGUGCAAGAACAGCAGUGGUUGGCUGUAGAGAGUUUGCUGACAGCGGGGCUCAAAGCUCAUCCUGAAAUAGCUAGUUGCUAAAGGCAGUCCUGGUUGUCUUUGUACUGUGGGGGCAGGGGGCACUUUUUCUUUUUGGGAUGUAUUGCUGCUCCUAUUGCACAAAAGGUAAAGGGAACUGAGUCCAUUGGCCAGUGUUAAUUGCACACUGAAUCCAUUUAUCCAGGGACCAGUAGCUAGAGGUGCUAGCAGUAAGGGAUGGAAAAGUUUCCACAUAGCCCUCUGAUUUCUACUCUACAUUAGAAUAAUCCUUGCCACUUAUUCCUAGGUUCAGCAUAGGCAUGCAUGCCCACCUGUCCAACCUCCCAUAGAGUCUCCCUAGUCCAUUUGUUGCAACUUAGUAUAGAUAUUCUUCAUGCAUGCAGGUGUCCUGUUCUUUGGCCCUGGGCAGCACUGCUGCAAGCAGACCAUCUUAAGCUCUUUUUCGGUUUUCCCAUCUCUUGCUCUUUUUGUCCCUUAGUUUUGCUUUAAAAAGAAAAAAGGUUGGACGAACUCAAUCCUUGACAUGACCAGGCAUGUAUAAAGAGAGUCCUGUUUUCAACAGGGAGGCCGAUGUCUUGUCCAAAAUAUUCUGGAACAGCUGCACUUAACCAACUUCUAUCUCUCUUGCUGUAAAGCUAAUUUUAGUCAUCUGCAAAACCUAUUGAGUUAGGUAGCCAGCUGGCCUGGUGCUGGCUCCUUAUAGAGCGAGAGCAACAGAGAGACUCAGCUGAUUGUGAGCAGCCAAGCCUGCCAGAAGGUUAGGGGCCCAAGAGCUCUGCUUAGUCUUAAGAAGAACUGGUUGGCAAGGAUGAAAAGCUUUUGAUGAGUUUAAAUCUCCAGUUUGGGGGGGGGGGGAGGGAACACAUCUCAAUGAGGCUGCAAGCUGUCUUGGAAGACACAUGACUUCCUAUGGGAUGACAACAGCAGUGGACUGCAAGGGGGCAUUGCAUAAUAGGGGGCUGCAAAAGAAGUAUUUGCUCAUGACCACUUUUGACAUGGCAUAUCUUAGAAGGCAUAGACCAGCUGGUGGGGAGAGGAAGUCUGCACACAGAUGAAUCGAUGUGUGUUUACCAUAGAUUCCAGAGUCUGAAUUUGGAAGGAUAGGUUGCAAGAGGCUUGUCAUGCUUAUUUCCCGCAUCUUGCAGUGCUCAGUAAGAUUAGAGUUGGAACUUGCUGCAUUUCAUCCCACUAUUAUUACUCAAUAGGAACAGACUUGUGCCUGCCUGGAAGCUUAUCCUCCUUCAAGACUGAAUUUGCUAGUGUUGUGUACCUCUACCUUUCCUUUUACCUCUUCUUUUUUUCUGUAUCUGUACCUCCUAUGAUAAUAGAGGUAUUGAGAAUCCUUGAUAGCAACUGUGCUUGGUGUGUGCACUCUCCCAUGUGACCAUUUGAAUCCUUUUGGGGCUUGAUUUUCCCAUCUAGCUGUGUCCCUCUCCCCACCUAGACAUGGCACCAAGACCAUACACAAACCCACUUUACACACCACUGUAGGGUCAGUUCCUAGGUGAUUGAUGGGAGUUCCUAAACCAGAAGUUCAAUUAGGUAGCAUCUUGCAUAGUGUUUCCUUGCUUUCCUGUUCAGAGCUAUAGUAAAAAAACCUUGCUCUUCAAGCAGUUCCGCUUGGUACAGACUCUCAGCCACAUGGUAAGUUCGAUCAGCCAGAGGCCUUUGGCCCAGCUCAGCUGCCAUAUCAGUAAAGGCAGUUCCAGUUUUCCUCCUUGCAUGACAGAUACUCCAGGUCAGAUGGACAAUAAUGUCCUGUCAUCACAGGGCCCAGGGCCCCACCACCAAGUAGUGACAGAACAUCAUUUUGGUCUUUUUGAGUUGUGAAAACUGUUCUCCUAUAGCUGGAUCUACAGGCCAGCCCCCUGGAAGCAUUUACACCCUCAUGAGCCUGCUGCCUCUUCUUCCCUCCUUUUAUAUGUUCCUUAAACGUUGUACAGGUAGUUCAAAAGCACACUGUUUCCCCAUCUCCUCUGUAUGUGUGUUUGUGCACGCGUGCGUGUCCUAAGCUGAGUUGCUGUGCAAUUCAAACUUUGGCUUGUUUUUAUUCCAAGGGGGAGGAGUGUUUUGAGCGUGGCUCUUUUUCUUUUUCCCCCUUCCCCUCUUCCCUGUGCAAUACCUACUUCCUGUCUCCUAGAUUCUGACUAUUAGGACACUUUUGAUUGAUUGACUGACUGUAUUUUUUGUAACUGUGUUGGGAGCUCAUGCUUCCAUUGGCUUUCUUCUUUGACCGUUUAAAUGUUUUGUUGGGUUUUGCCAUUAAAAUAUAAUGAUGAACA